AUGGAAAAGGCAUUUAAUGACAUGCGACUCGAUUAUAUGGAUGAUAAGGAGAGUCUCUAUGGCUACGUACACGCGGUCUCCGGUCCCGUUGUAACGGCCUCUCAGAUGGCGGGUUCUGCGAUGUACGAACUGGUCCGCGUUGGCCACGAGAACCUGGUUGGUGAAAUCAUUCGACUAGAGGGGGACAUGGCUACCAUUCAGGUUUACGAAGAUACCUCCGGUGUAACCGUUGGUGAUCCCGUGAUGAAAACCGGGAAACCUCUCUCUGUGGAGCUAGGUCCCGGCAUUAUGGGCAGCAUCUUUGACGGUAUUCAGCGUCCCCUCCAGGACAUUCGCCAGCUCACCGACUCCAUUUACAUACCGAAGGGCAUGAGCAUUCCCUGCCUGGACCGAAAGGUGGUCUGGGAAUUCGAGCCUAACACGAGCCUUCGCCCGGGCAUGCAUAUUACCGGAGGUGACAUCUUCGGCUAUGUCCACGAAAACACCCUCGUUAAGCACAGAAUUAUGCUUGCUCCCAAGGCCAUGGGCACCGUGAAGUGGGUCGCUGCCCCUGGCAACUACAACCUUACGGAUAACGUACUCGAAACCGAGUUCGACGGCGAGGUGACUCAGCACUCAAUGCUGCAGAUCUGGCCAGUGCGUCAGCCGAGACCGGUCGCGGAAAAGCUUCCAGCCAACUACCCUCUUCUCACCGGUCAGAGAAUUCUCGACGCUCUCUUUCCCUGCGUACAAGGCGGUACUACAGCUAUCCCCGGUGCAUUUGGAUGUGGCAAAACCGUCAUCUCUCAAUCACUCUCCAAGUACUCAAACUCAGACAUCAUUAUCUACGUCGGCUGUGGAGAGCGAGGGAACGAAAUGGCCGAGGUGUUGCGCGAUUUUCCAGAGCUAACCGUCGAAGUUAACGGAAGACAGGAGACGAUAAUGAAGCGGACCGCUCUAGUGGCCAACACCUCCAACAUGCCCGUGGCCGCACGCGAGGCCUCCAUCUACACGGGCAUCACGCUCUCGGAGUACUUCCGCGACAUGGGCUACAACGUGGCCAUGAUGGCCGACUCGACCAGUCGGUGGGCCGAGGCGUUGCGCGAGAUCUCCGGUCGUCUGGCCGAAAUGCCCGCCGACUCUGGCUACCCCGCCUACCUCGGUGCUCGUCUCGCCAGCUUCUACGAGCGCGCGGGCCGUGUCCGGUGUCUGGGUGGACCCGAGAAGCGCUUCGGCUCAGUGACCAUCGUCGGCGCCGUCUCGCCCCCUGGCGGCGACUUUUCCGACCCCGUCACCUCGGCGACGCUGGGCAUCGUGCAGGUGUUCUGGGGUCUGGACAAGAAGUUGGCCCAACGGAAGCACUUCCCCAGUGUCAACUGGCUCAUCUCCUACUCCAAGUACGUGCGCGCACUGGACGAGUACUAUGAACAGAACUUCCCCGAAUUCGUCACCCUCAGAACCAAGAUGCAGGAGAUACUGCAGGAAGAGAAGGACCUCUCGGAAAUCGUCCAGCUCGUCGGCAAGGCGUCACUGGCGGAGGGGGAUAAAAUCACACUUGAGGUUGCACGCAUCAUCAAGGACGACUUCUUGCAACAGAACGGCUACUCCGAUUAUGACAGAUUCUGCCCAUUCUACAAGUCGGUGGGAAUGAUGAAGAAUAUUAUCCACUUCUACGAUCAGGCGCGUCGUACAAUCGAGGCGACUGCUCAAUCCCCUCGUCGUGUUACCUGGGCCCUCAUCCGUGAAGCCAUGAGUUCCACACUCUACAAACUCUCCAGUAUGAAGUUCAAGAAUCCCGUCACCGAGGGACAGGCCCAAAUCCUCGCUGAUUUUGACGAGUUGAAUGAGGAAAUCACGACGGCUUUCCGGAACUUGGAAGAUUUGUAG